UAGUUUCGUACUUUUGAUCGUUGUUAGAUGGUAUUUACGAGAUUAUGAAAAACUUCAAAAUAGUAAUGAUGACGCCGAAGAGAGUAAAUUUAGGGAAACUGUAGAGCAACCAGAAAUUCAGAAACCAGCUGCUGUUAAGGCUCCUCAUGCUGUAGUAUAA